GCAGCUCGUUGUCACUGCUUCUUCACAGCCAAUUACAUUUACCGUCUGCUUCCCCGGUCGGCUUGCCUUGGCGGAGAAAGGAAAAGAUCAAAAGCUUCUUCCGGCCGAAGCCUGACAGCUCACAGCCCACACCCGCGUGGGUUCGUCGACACGCUUGCCGCCGUAUCCUACACCGCUCAGGACAAAGGAGAAGGCCCCAAAUGAGACGGACUACUUUUGAAUAAGUUCACAACGAAAACCUGUACGUGGUUCUAGAACAAGGAAGCGACGGGACAACAAUGAUGAUCAACGAACCAGCACGUAUGCGGCGGCCCGGGGAUAGCCGCAACGAACGGCAAGCGGAGGCCCCACGCAGACAUAAGGGGGAAGGGCGGAGGGGGGAAAGGGUUGCUGGGGAGAGGAAGGAGGGGGCGAAGCUCAGGGGCAUGGAGGUCGGCAGGCAGCGCGCGGCCCAGCAGGUGCUUUCAGACGCGGCGCGGGGCGAGGACGGGAAGGCGGCAGCGGCGGCGCGGGCGACGGGAGAAUCGAAGCAGCAGGAGCUGCACGAGCAGCGACAGGAUCGCCCGGGCGGGAUCGUCGACUGCUACCCGGCACGGCGGGGCCGUGGUCGGAGUAGUGAAUCGAACGAGUUAUUGCGUGGGGUCCAAUGCGGCGGCGGCGGUAGAGACGGCGGGCAGCGUGGUGGAGGUGGCCGUUGGACGGGGUACCGACCACCCUGCCCGGUGGAAGACGGUGGUAGAGCGCCUUCGCACGGGCGUCGCGGUCGUUCAGCACCGUCCCCGGAAACGCCGUCGGCCGGCUUUUCAGCCCGAGAAAAAUACACCACCACCACCACCACCACCAGCAGUAGCAACAGCGGCGGCAGCGGCGGCAGCAGUGCUGGAAGCGGAGGCGUUACCGCUGCUGCAGCUGCUGCUGCUGCCGAACGGGCACGGGCGACCGGGGGCGAACGAACGAGUGCGUCGGAGCGACGAGCCGUCUCACGCGCGGCCCCUUCUCGCUACCGCUCUUCCCGCGCGAUGAUGUUGCCGGUGUUCGGGUCGCCCGCUCGUCCUGCGACUCAGCAUUUCCGACUGGGGCCCCGAAGUUUUGUGACUGCGGUGCCUCCCGCUGCUGCUGUGCAACAAGGAACCGGGACGUUGUCUUCGUCCGCCGCCUUCCACGGUAGGGGCACCGGCACUCUUUCUUUGGAAACCGCCGUCGCUGCGGCCGCCGCCGCCUCUGCCAGGCACGCCUCCGUGUUCUCUGGUACCGGGAGCCUAGCCGUGUUGUAGUGGUACAACUGUAGGGGUGGUGGGAGGAAAGACGCAAUGUGUUGUUGGCCAAGUAUGCGUCCGCCGUUCUGCUGUCGUCGUUUUUUCAUGUGCGUUGAGCCCCUUUUUUGAUGUUUGGUUGUUGUCUGUGUGAGCUUCCGGAUGGAUGUUGUCGUGGGGAUACGGAUGUUCCGCUGUAGCCUCUUGUGAGGGGCCUGCUCAGCAAUACUUGUAGAAGAUGUUCCUUUUCGGUUGAUUUCGUGAGUGCAAGGCAGUGUGGUGGGUUGGAGACCGUUCCCUUUCGAAGAGUGAUGAACGAGAACCUUGUUGGUUGGUUUGUUUGAACCUUAUGCAUGUGUACACGUGUGCUGUAAAAUAUCAAGUGUUGGGUGAUAAGACCGUUGUCGUUUUGUUGAUCGGUUCCCCUUUUUUGGUUGGCAGAGGAGGACCCACAGGAUCUUGAAGCGGUUGGAGCGCUCUGGGUGUUUUUCCAUCGGCCGACCCUGUUUGUUUUCUGGGCGAAACACGUGCUGUUUGUGCGAGUUGUAAAUGGGUUUCGGGGAUAUUUGUGCAUUUCCUUAGAGGAGACGCUAGGGCUGAGGCGAAUGAAGUAGAAAACGAAGCCGGCAUGGGCGAAGGCUGAUGACAAUGAUCUGGAUCCAAGCACCACCACCACCCUUUUCGUGUAGAUUCGUGCAUCAGAAACGUUUACAGAUUGUUGUUGCACGGUACAUACGUGCUGUCUUGCA